CGUUUUAGAAGCAGCAGCGCCCAAACAGUCAAAGUUCCGUUCAGUCUGUUGUUAAAAGUACUGAGGUUUCGUGUCGUAAUGUUUCUGAACUCGGUGUGUUAGUGUGUUAAAUACAAACUUUUGGGACAAACAUUCCCGUGCACAGCGGUUGUGUGGCGGGAACAGAGGUGAGUCGUAGCUAGCGUCCACCGGUGGCAGUGACAUUGACAGCUGGCAGCAGUAAGGACUUUAUAUGAACUUCACUAACAGCUGGAGGAAAAACCAGUAACUCCAACGUCCUUGGACAGUCAUUUCUACAUUAGCAUGGGGCGUCGUCUGCAUUUGCUAAACACUUUCCUUCCGCCAGGUCAGUCUGAGGAGUGAAAUCAGGAAGAGUGAACUUACCAACAAGGACAAUGGUUUUACUCUGUGUUCAUCUGUUCAGGAGCAGUCGCCUCUGUUCCCUCCCUGCACAUCUCACACGACACGUCCAGGUGUGCAAACAAAGUGGACAUCCUCUGAAGGAGCCACACUCUGUGUCCUCUAAGAUCAGCCCUCACCUAAGAGCCUCUCCGACUGGACCACCCCUCCUACCCUGCAGCAAUGGUCGGACGCUGUGUUUCCACAUCAGCCCCAAAAGCAGUUUACCCCUGCAGCAGUCUGGUGCUGUCCUGACCCAGGUCGGACACCACUUCCACACCUCAGCCCCUGUGAGGGCCCUGCCUGCUCCUCUCAUAUGGCUGGUGCUCAAACCUCUGCAGAAGCUGCUGGCUAUAAUACUGGGCAGGAGUAUAAGGAAGUGGUGGGUGGCUCUACCAGCCAACCGCCGGCAGCUCAUGCGCCAAUGGGUCUGGCAGCGCCGCUGGCAUCUGGCAGCUGGGGCAGGCGUUGCUAUGGUGAUUGUAGCACUCCUUCUCCUGACCCACCUGGAUGAGUCCCCAGUGACGGGACGCACCCGCCUCCUGGUGUUCAGCAGAGAGAACUACAUGAAACUGGCAACUCUGACUUCAGAGGCGUACAUGGAGGAGUUUGCAGAGAUGCUGGUUCCAGUCACCGACCCUCGUCACCAGGUGGUGGAGCGGUUGGUGCAGCACCUGGCACUAAGGAACAAGGACAUCCCUGAAGUGUCUGAUGUAACCUGGAACGUCCACGUGGUGCAAAGUCCCAACGUCAAUGCCUUUGUCCUCCCGAACGGGGAAGUGUUCAUGUUUACGGGGAUGCUGGAUGUUACGGCAGAUGUUCACCAGCUCAGCAUUAUCCUGGGACACGAGAUGGCUCAUGCUAUAUUGGGACAUUCUGCAGAACAGGCCAGUCUGUCUCAUGUCGUGGACCUCCUGUCCCUUAUUCUGCUGACAGCCAUCUGGGCCCUGUGUCCUCGAGACAGCCUGGCACUGCUGGGACAGUGGGUACAGGACAAGCUUUCCCAGUUGAUGUUCAGCCGUCCCUUCAGUAGGAAACUGGAAGCUGAGGCCGAUCAAGUUGGAUUGCAGUUGGCUGCUAAGGCCUGUGCAGAUGUGCGAGCAGGCCCCGUAUUCUGGCAGCAAAUGGAAAUCAGAGACCAGCUGAGAGAAGAGCCCAAUUUCCCAGAGUGGCUGUCCACACACCCGUCGCACAGGAACAGAUACAUCCAGCUGGACCGCCAAAUACCACAGGCUCUGGAGUUGAGGGAGAGCUGUGUCUGCCCCGCUUUACCUGCUACCGACCCUCGCGCCAUCUUCUCCAAGAGCGUCCGUGUGUUGCUGGAAAACGCUAAGGACCAGGGGAGACGAGGGCAAGAAGGUGCACACAAACCCCACCUGCCCCACAGCCCGGCCUCACUACCCAACGGACUCCCUGCAGCUCUGCUUGCCCAAACUGCCCUUUCUCUUUCCCCAAAUGUGGAGCAAAAAAGUAAAGGCCCAGUCCCACUCGUAGCUUCAGAGUUAACCGUUGCAGCCCCUAUCACUGUUCCUAAAGAGCAGGAAGGAUCCCCACACAUGGUGCAGAGCUCUAGCUGACAGGGGUGUUAAAUCCUCACAAAUUUCUACAAACCUCUCGUUUUUCACAAACUAGCUAUUUGCAUAAGUGAGUGAGUGAUUUGUAUAUUGGUCUGCUCGCAUAGUUUCAUUGUCUGUUAAAUUUCAGAGUCCCUGGGUGCACAGGUGGUAAAGGGGUAAAGUUCUCACCCGCCAUCCCAGCGCACUAGACACUCCUCCUGGCUGCCAGCACAAUGGAGGGUGGAGCUGGGUAGUGUGAAAAGAAGCUGCUCUGGUCAAUAUAAAUGUGGGAAAUUGCUGGAUUAAGUCAACAAAAUUAAAUAGAAAAAAAAACAUAA